AUGUCCCUUGAUUUUUUCGACACAAUUAAAACUUUGGGACUCUAUUGGAAUUCAGGCGAGGAUAAAAUUAUCUAUAAAAUAGCAGAAAAUACAGAAAAACCAAAGUCUCAAAUAACUAAGCGUACGUUACUUGCAGAAAUUGCACGGUUAUUUGAUCCAUUAGGCUUAUUAGGUGCCAUUAUUGUAUAUGCGAAAAUGAUGAUCCAAACUCUCUGGAAACUGCAACUUACGUGGGAUGAGUCCAUCCCACAAGAAUCUGAGUCAGUGUGGCUUAAAUUUAAAGGUCAAUUACAUUUAUUAAAUACUCUUAAAUUCUAUCGAUGCACCGUCGCGUUUGACUCAACCGAAAUUCAAUUGCAUGGGUUCGCCGACGCAAGUGAAAAGGGCUACGGAGCUUGCAUUUACUUGCGCACCACAGACAAAUGUGGCAACCACCACGGGGCUCUCGUAGGCUCCAAGUCCUGGGUCGCGCUAGUGCAAACGGUGACAUUUCCUAGAUUGGAAUUAUGCGCCGCUCUCUUACUGUCUGAAUUCUAUGCCGCUGAUGUACAAUCUCUACAGCAUUUGAAAUUUAGUAGGACUGUAUUUUGGUCAGAUUCCACAAUCAGUCUUCACUGGAUUCAAACGUCUCCACACAUAUUAAAAACAUUUGUAUCAAACCGCGUAGCUCAGAUUCAGGAACUUACUCAGCCUUACAAGUGGAAGCACGUACCCACUCACGAUAAUCUUGCUGACUUCUCUUCUCGAGGUCAAUUACCGAAAGACUUUCUAAUUAACAAUAUUUGGCAACACGGACCUCAUUGGCUAAGUCAAGAUAACGGUUUCUGGUCUGAAAUGUCGAUUGCGCCAAUCGACAUUCCCGAAAAACGCAACGUUCGUCUUCUACAGGUUUCAAUGAAAUUAACGUUAAAAAAAUCAGAUUUCUUUCCGGAUUUUAACUCAUUUGGCCACUUAAUUCACGUGAUCGCUUACGGUCACAGGUUUCGGUACAAUGCCAAUCCAAAGAAUUUAAUGAAAUCGACCGGUCCCCUUUCAGACCAUGAAGUCAGAACUGCGCGAGACUGUGUAAUAAAAAUUGCACAGGCAACUGCAUUUGCCACGGAAAUUGAUUGCUUAUCACGCAAUCAAGAUAUCGACAGGAAAAGCAAAAUUUUAAAUCUUAAUCCUUUUCUCGACAACGGAAUUCUUAAAGCAGGGGGCAGACUUACCCAUUCAAACCUAUUAUAUGAUGAAAAACAUCCAAUUUUGCUGCCCCAUAACCAUUCCAUUACACGAAUGAUUAUCAUUGAUGCGCAUCUGGAAUUGAAACCUGCGGGAACCCAAUCUACUUUAUACUUAGUUCGAGGAAAAUAUUGGCCGAUGGAUGGUCGCAACACCGCGCGUAGAAUUAUUUACAAUUGCGUCCAGUGUUUUAAAACCAAACUUCGCGGUGCUGGAUAUAAAAUGGGAAACCUGCCCGCGAAUCGUUUAGAAUAUUCGCGACCUUUCUUGAAUUUCGGAGUGGAUUUCUGUGGCCCUCUGUACAUUAAAGAAAGACGGUACCGAAAUAUAAAAAGGGUCAAGUAA